AAUAUGCAUUAACAUUUUGAUAGUAAAACUUUGGUUGAAGUUGAUGUAACACUUCAUGCGACAGUGGGCUUCAUUAACACUUUCAUUACCGCUACGAUUUUCACGAUGUUUUCUCGGGAGCCGCCUACAUUUUACGUUGGACUCGCUAGGUGAGUCGCCGGCGCUGCGAUACGAAUCAUUCGACUCGCCACGCGAGUUCAGUGGCAUUGCGUUAGGGUAAAAACUAUGUUCUGUUAUUUUUGUGGCCGUGACAGUGUACGUUACGUGUUUAAAGCAAUUAACUAGUAUAUGGUGUAAUUUAACAAAAAGAAAAUGGCAAGAAACACUAUAAAUAAACGAAAAGGAUUUGAUGAAUUUUCAAACUUCUGCCGAACUUGUGCCACAAUGGCCAAUCAAGUUCGCCCAAUAUUUGAUGAACAAAACCAAAGUGAUGAUUUAGCUGGGAAAAUCAACAAGUAUCUGCCAAUAAAGGUUUCUAAAGAAGAUGGGCUGCCUCAAGUAAUAUGUGAGCAGUGUCACAACACACUCCUGGCUUGGGAUGAGCUGGUCAAGUGCUCUGUACAGGCUUCAAUGGUGCUGCAGCAGAAACUGUCGGUUAUGAGGCUACUGGACCCUGAUAAAACAAAUGAGGAAAAUGCAGAAUCUACCCAAACAUCCCUUGAGAGUGGGACAGAGACUGCGUUUGACAUUAGUGAGGUAGUGAGGAACAUAUUGACAAAUUAUUUCAAUGAACUUGACAUUGAAGAGGAAAAUACUGAUUUUGUCUGUCACAUGUGUGCAAACAACUCACCAUCGACUUCUGUACAAGAGUUGACUGAUCAUUUGAGGUUGUGUCACGGAACAAUGCUACAACAUAAGCAGUCGGUAGAAGAUUUUGUUAAAGAAAAUAUUACUUUUGAAGAGCUACUCUUAUUGGAUAAAGAAGAUGGUGAAGCGGAUUCACUUUGUAAUGAAACUGAAACUAAAAAUAUAGUACUACAAAACUAUUGCUGUCCAUUUUGUGAAAGUGUAUUCUCAUCUCCCAAUCGCUUAAUAUGCCACCUCAGCAAACACUUUGAAAUAUCCAUAGCUAAUGGAAUAGAGUGCUGCGACAAACUAUAUGAAAACAAAUUGAGUUUCGUUGCACAUUUACAAGAUGUACACGUUAGUAAAACGCUCGACCAAUACACUUGUAAAAGUUGUGGGAAAACUACGUGUGAUUUGGAGGAACUGCAAGCACAUAUAAACGAGGAGCAUCCUGAAAGUAAUGAUUUGAAUGAAAGUAAAAAGGCGGAAAAUUUUGCAAAUCUUCAGAGAUACAUACCGGUCGUAUGCCCGAAAUGUAAAAAGACAUUCUCAAAUAAGUACAAUCUGCGGGUACAUAUUGCUAAUAUGCACAGUGACGGCAAAGUGACCGUAUACGUGUGCUACAAAUGCAAUAAAGUGUACAAAAGUCAGGGAAGUUUGAAGUAUCAUCAGAAAGUCCAUCACGAGGGUAACCUCAGCUACAUGUGCGCGUACUGCGGCGAAGCGUUCCCCACGCGCGAGACGCGAGACGUGCACGCACGGAUCCACACCGGGGCGAAACCGUUCAAAUGUGACUACUGCAGCAAGUCCUAUCGGUCGAAGAACACCUUGGACCGUCACACUGAGAUGCACUUAGAUAUAAGGAAAUACACGUGCAGUAUGUGUCCAAAAAAGUUCAGAAAAAGAAGUCAUUUGAACUAUCAUUUACGGACACACGAGAAAUGUCACGAGAAAAUAAACAGAAGAAAAUGUGAUCAAGUUUUAAAGUGAAAUAUGAAAUAAUAUCAAAUAUUUAUUAGCGAUAUAUCUGCAGCACUCAGGAAAUUAUAAAUAUAUCUAGUUAUAAAAUUAAAACAGUCUGGAGAAGUCAAGCUUGUCCGUAAUUUUACAUUUCUUCCUAGUGAAAAGAAGUUCAGUUCAUUACGAUAACGCAGAGUGAAGCCAGAAGGAAGAUAUAAAUAAUUGGGGUUGUUUGUUGCAGGACGCCCCGACGUGACAGCUUUGAAUACCUUCUGGAAGAUAACGAAAAAUAUUGUCUCGAUGAACAAAAACAUGACACAAUAAAUGGAUCACAACAACAGAACUCUGGUAAUGACAUCUCUUCUGACGAUGAAGAUAAACCUU